AUGGGCAAGAUCAUCUUCUACGAGGACCGGAGCUUCCUGGGCCGCUCCUACGAGUGCGCCAGCGAGUGCUCCGACCUGCACUCGCACUUCAGCCGCUGCAACUCCAUCCGCGUGGACAGCGGCGAGUGGAUGCUCUACGAGCGGCCCGGCUACACCGGGUACCAGUACUUCCUGAAGAAGGGCGACUACGCCGACUACCACCGCUGGAUGGGAUUCAACGACUGCGUGCGGUCCUGCCGCCUGAUCCCCGCGCAGCACCAGAGCGCCCACAGGAUGACGGUGUACGAGCGGCCGGGGUUCGGGGGGCGGGCGGCGGAGCUGACGGACGACUGCGCCUCCCUGAGCGAGCGCUUCCGCCUCAGCGACGUCCACUCCUGCAACGUGAGGGACGGCCACUGGAUCUUCUACGAGCACCCCAACUACAGGGGGCGCCAGUACCUGGUGCGCCCCGGGGAGUACAGGCGCUUCAACGAGUGGGGCAGCGCGAGCCCCCGGGUGGGCUCCGUCCGGCGCGUCGCUGCGUGA